GGGAGGAGCCGAGAGGCGGCGCGGAGGCUCCGGGCCGAGCAGAGCUGGCUCUGUAGCCGCGCGAGCAGCUGCGGCUCCCGGACCCACAGCCAGAGCCAGGGGCGGGAGCCGCCCGGGGCAGGGCUAGGGAGAGCCGGCACCACCAUGAGGCCCCAGCCCCACAGGAGCCCCCGCGUCUCCCUGGCCCGUGGCGCACCGUGCUAGCCCCCAGCCAGGGCGUGGGGAGGCGCGGUGGCCAUGGCCAGCCACGUGGACCUGCUGACGGAGCUGCAGCUGCUGGAGAAGGUGCCGACGCUGGAGCGGCUGCGUGCUGCCCAGAAGCGCCGGGCCCAGCAGCUGAAGAAGUGGGCACAGUACGAGCAGGACUUGCAACACCGCAAGCGCAAACACGAGCGGAAGCGCAGCACAGGUGGCCGCCGCAAGAAGGUGUCUUUUGAGGCCAGCGUGGCCCUCCUGGAGGCCUCGCUGAGGAACGAUGCCGAGGAAGUACGCUACUUCCUGAAGAACAAGGUCAGCCCUGAUUUGUGCAACGAGGAUGGACUCACAGCCCUGCACCAGUGUUGUAUCGACAACUUUGAGGAAAUUGUCAAGCUGCUCCUUUCCCAUGGUGCGAAUGUGAAUGCCAAGGACAACGAGCUGUGGACACCCCUGCAUGCGGCGGCCACCUGUGGCCACAUCAACCUGGUGAAGAUCCUCGUUCAGUAUGGGGCCGACUUGCUUGCUGUCAACUCCGAUGGGAACAUGCCAUAUGACCUCUGCGAGGAUGAGCCCACCCUGGAUGUCAUCGAGACCUGCAUGGCAUACCAAGGCAUCACCCAAGAGAAAAUCAAUGAGAUGCGGGCAGCCCCGGAGCAGCAGAUGAUCACAGACAUCCAUUGCAUGAUUGCAGCCGGCCAGGACCUUGACUGGAUAGAUGCCCAGGGUGCCACGCUGUUGCACAUAGCCGGAGCCAAUGGAUACCUGCGGGCAGCUGAGCUCCUGCUGGACCACGGAGUGCGUGUGGACAUGAAGGACUGGGAUGGCUGGGAGCCCCUGCAUGCAGCUGCCUUCUGGGGACAGAUGCAGAUGGCAGAGCUUUUGGUGUCUCAUGGGGCUAGUCUCAGUGCAAGGACAUCCAUGGAUGAGAUGCCAAUAGACCUGUGUGAGGAGGAGGAGUUCAAGGUUCUCCUGCUGGAGCUAAAACACAAGCAUGAUGUGAUCAUGAAGUCACAGCUGCGGCACAAAUCGUCGCUGAGCCGGAGGACAUCCAGCGCGGGCAGCCGUGGGAAGGUGGUGCGUCGAGCCAGCCUGUCGGACAGGACCAACCUGUACCGGAAGGAGUAUGAGGGUGAGGCCAUACUGUGGCAGCAGCGGAGUGCAGCCGAGGACCAGCGCACCUCGACCUACAACGGGGACAUCAGGGAGACCAGGACAGACCAAGAGAAUAAGGACCCAAACCCCAGGUUAGAGAAGCCUGUGCUGCUUUCUGAAUUUUCCACCAAGAUUUCACGAAGUGAACUGGACAUGCCUAUUGAGAAUGGCCUCCGGGCUCCAGUCAGUGCCUACCAGUAUGCAUUGUCCAACGGGGAUGUCUGGAAGGUGCAUGAGGUGCCUGACUACAGCAUGGCCUAUGGCAGCCCUGGCAUGGCUGACACUACCCCGCCCUGGAGUGGCUACAAGGAGCAGAGCCCCCAGACACUUCUGGAACUGAAGCGGCAGCGGGCUGCAGCUAAGUUGCUCAGCCACCCCUUCCUGAGCACUCACCUGGGCAGCAGCAUGGCCAGGACGGGCGAGAGUAGCAGUGAAGGCAAGGCCCCCUUGAUUGGAGGCAGAACUUCACCGUACAGCAGCAAUGGGACUUCCGUGUAUUACACCGUCACCAGCGGAGAUCCCCCGCUCUUGAAGUUCAAGGCCCCCAUGGAGGAGAUGGAGGAGAAGGUCCAUGGCUGCUGCCGGAUCUCCUAGUCUCCUUGUGGCAGAGGAGAGAGAUGCCUCGGAGAAGGCUCCCUGGAAUCUAGGCCGGCCCAACAGCCCUGGCUGGGGAGGUGUCAGAGGGUAGCUGCGAGAGGUGGGCUCUGCUUUCCAGAGGAACGUUGUGCCCACCCCUCAGCCAGCUGCCCGCAGUGUCUCCUUCCCAGGCUCCGUGUCCUGCUACAUCGUCUGCUGUCUGACACAAGGCCUGCCACGGCCUCCCGACGCACUCUGCUGUUCCAUUUUUGGAGGGUGGGCUUGGGAUCCCAAUUCUGUUCUUGGUAAAGGCUUCUCUGGCUUACUGCACGUCACCUAUCAACACAUACACACACACACGUGCUCAAUCAGCAUGUGAAGGAAUGACACCUGGGCUCAUGGGAAGCAGGUGGGGCUGAGAACUCGUGGGAUGUUCCCAAAGAGAUGGAGGUUAAGACGCAGAGUCUCAUCACCACUGCCAAUGUGGCUUUGGCAGGGGAGGGGGCCUGCUAGGCUAAGAUUCAUCAUUCUGUUCAGAGUAAUAGUGAGGUCUGGGCCAGCAGCCACACCUGGCAGGGGCAGGGAGCCCGGAACCCACAUGGGUUGGGUCGGAUAUGAGAUGGACACAGGCCUGCUCCCCACAGCUUGGUAGGGAGCUGCUCUCCUGCCUGUGCCAGGAGCCAGAUGUAUGUCACUCAGGGGCUGAGGGGGCAAAAUCAAGCUAGUCCACUCCUGAAAUAAACCAUGUCUUACUCUUGUUUGGAUAGAGGCAUCAAAGGCAGGAGGGCGGCAAGGUCAGUGUUUACAAAAGGGCACUUGAUAAAAAAAUUCUUUUAUGCUGUAAAACUCCAGGUGGGAGGUUACUGAAUUCUCUUUCAUGUAUGGCUAGUGUCAGGAUCGUGGGUUUUACUAGCUGAUGUUGGAGAAACAAAGCUAAAUGAGGAACUUUUAGUGGAAACCCUACUCCAGGGAGGGGAUGAGUUAAUUUCUAGAAACACCUGUGGUUAACAGUGACAGAGCUAGCCAGGCUGAUCUUUGUGAAUAUCCAGGCUGUUUCAGUGCGGCCCAUCUCAGACUGAGCCAUCACAGUGAGCAGCCCAGGGGUGAAUCAUGAGUGCAGAGGCAGCGCUCAGGACCACGAGCCCAGCUUUUCCUUUUCUGGAAUAUUUCGUGAGGUAGGUUUAGCCCUUUCAAGUCCUUGCCUGGCCUAGGGGUUCCCAGCCUGCUCCUGUCGGUGUGGUGAUGCCCCAGAACUGCAAAUCCAGGGUGCUGGUCUUCAGCACACUGCCCUGCAUUCAGGGAGGGCUGUGGUGGGUCUGGAGCCUAUGGGGUGUCACCCAGCUCUGCAGUUUCACAGCCCAAUCUUUGAGAUGCUGGGGAGGGAGGACCAAGAAGGGGCCAGGAAGGGCCGGCCACCCUCCCCCACACCACUGCAUUCUCCCACAGAGCCACCUGGAAUUGUUGCCAUGGGUUGGGCACCUUUUGGUGUGACUAACAAGCUGCGGGCCUGCUCCCUGCUCUGUGUGCCAUUUUUGUCCUUAAACUACCUCCUUAGAGAGUUAAUGGGGUCCCUCAGGUUGAGAUUCUAAUUUGGGGGGAUAGGAGUUCUCUUUAACUCACUUCUUUCUGAGUCUAUGAGAAAUUCUCCCUGAGGGGGCCCUGUUGGGCUGGGGAGCUCCCUUUGUGCCACAACCCUAGUAAUGGGGUCUGUUGUUUGCAGUCCCUCCCCCUACUGUGGCCCUUGUAACCCAAAGAGGGAGCUGGACCUCCAGGAGCCUGGCUGGUCCUCUCCCUGGAGCAGGGCAGCUGGGGCUGAGAGCACGGAGCUCCUGGGAGUGACUGUGCCCUAGGUGGCCGCUGAGUGUGGGGUCUCAGUAUCGGGCCACCUUUGCCCCAAUAUCAGGACAGAGGUAGUGUACAGUGAAUCAGCAGCUCAAUUGACGGGUGUACAUGAUCCAUCCCUGGGGUCUGGGGUGGGUUCUCCAGUGUCUCAGCCCAUGGCUGGAGCGGGCUGGGAUAAUCCAAAACACACAUUCCUUUGGCUGAAGGCAAGAUCAAUCCAUACCUGACCCUGAAAUCCCUCAUGACCAGACUUUAGCUACAAGGAAGGGAGUGCAGAGAGAAAUCACACGCUCCUCAGGAGAGGGCUGUGCAUGUUUUCCUGUAUUUUUGUUCAGAGGCCAAACACUGAAGGCAUCCUAAGCCGUAGGAGCCAUUUCCUCUCCCCCUUGCCUCCUGCUCCUGGGCCAUUUCUCCCCACCCAGAAGGCCAGGUAGCCCAGCUGUUUCCUUGGCAGGAGCCGACAUUCGCUCAUGUUUCUAGUCAGGGAUAAGCCAUUCCCUGACAGGGCUUUGAGUCCUGGGGCAGUUUUCCCUGUGGGUCUCCUGGAUUUUGAGGGGCAAGUUGGGGACCAACCUCUAAUGAAUGAGCCGAUGUCAUUCAUUUAUUCACUGAUAUAAUUCACCGAGUACAUGGCGACAUGCCUGGCUCUGUGUUAGAUUCUGCUGGUGAAGGAGGAGCAAGGCAGAAUGAGAAUUUUUCUUUAUGGUUUUCAACCCUGGCAGGGGGACUGUGGCCAUGAGCAGCCCCCUCUGGUCACCUGAGGCAGAGGGCCUGCAGCCCAGCCUAGUAGCCCUUUUGUGCUUCAGUGCCUAGAUCCUUGGAGUCUGAAUCCCCUUUGUAGGGAACAGCUGUCACGGCCCUCUCUGGACAACAUUUGCCAGUCAGGGCAGAUGCUAGAUCUUGAGCUCCAGGCAGACACCAACCCAGGUCCAUCUGGAAUGUUCAGAGAUAGCUGCCUUGAGCCAGCAUCUUUGGGGGACUACAUAAUAGCAGUUUGAGGUCAGUGUCUAGAAGAAUGAAUGGGUCUGUGAUUUGCGGCCAAAUGCAUCUUAUAGUCAUUGUUUCUUGCUCACUUUUUUUCAUUGAUUACAUAGAACCUCUGCUCCCACCUCACUCCAGUAAUGGAUAAUCGGAGGAGAAAGAGCUUCUCCUUUCAACAUCGAAGCCUUUCCUGGCAGAUCUGCUUUUCUCUGUGGCAGGGGUGGAUCAAGGAGUUGGGAGCCUGGCUCUUGCAGGUCUUAUGGUGGCUCCUUUAGACAAAAGGAGACCACUUCCAAAGCAGGUGUGCACAGCUUACCAUGAACUCUGGCCCUUGCUCAUACCUUAUGCCCCAAACAAUUGAAAAUUGGGACUGUCACCAGAUUGUGAAUUUCUCUCUAGAAGCUCAGGAAUAAAUUGUAGGCCCAGGGCCACUGAAGACUAGGAUAUAAUUCUUCAUCAAAUAUGCAGCAUAAAUAAAACAGCACUGCACUGUUUGAUCAGUUUCAAGAGGCUUGGGAAGAGUUAAUGAGGGUGUGUCCCCGUUCCUGCCCCACCAGAACCAGAGUGUGCUGGCUUUGUAAUAACAUGAGACCAUUUUGGUUAUUGGUGUCAGAUACCUUUCAAUCCUGAGCUCUCUCUCUCCCACCUGCUCUCUCCCUUAGAGCAGGAUAUUGGGGUACUUUCCAGAAGGGUGCUCCUUACAAGAUGCCCAGAAGGACUAUAAUUAACUCUUGCUAUCAUAGCCUGGGGAUAGGCUUCCCUCCCCCAGGGCACAGAAGAGCAAAGGGUCACAGGGUCAGUGGAUGACUCUGCAGAAAUGACCCCCUUUGCUAGAAGCUAUAGCCCUCUCCUCGACAGGAAGCUCUUGUGGGCAAGAGGGCCUGCUUCCCCAUGGGCAUUGCAAGUGCCACCGUGCGGAGCCUGGCUCUGCACACCAAGGAAAAGUCUGCAGACCCCCAGCCUUCCGCAAUAAUUCACCAGACCAGAAGCCACUGAUGUACAGAGAACAUUUAAGAAAAAAUGUAUUUUAUGUGAAAAAAAAGUUAAAACUCUGUAUACUGUAUCAGCAGCUUUGUGUAAAAAUGGCAAUCGAGAGAGUCUAAUAUAUUUAAAACUUUUUUAAAAAAAUUAUUGCAGAUCUUUGAUAUUGUAUUGAAGUAACUUCCAGGUACCUCCUCUCCACGUGGCAGUGGUGGGCCCUGUCGCCAUGACUAUGGCCCAGCCACAUCCUGGAGGGAGCACAUGUCCCUGAAGUUGCUCCCAGCUGCCAAGGCCUGUGAUGGAAUUCGCUGUUAAGAGUUUUUAAUUAAGAUUAUUAAAUUCCUUUUAAUAACA